AUGGAAGAUUCGAGGGACGUGGACAUGUUCCCCCCGAGGCCCCAGAAUUAUCUUUUCAGUAGUGAAUUAAAGGCCGACAAAGAUUGUCACUUUAAGGUGGAUAAUGACGAAAAUGAUCACCAGUUAUCUUUAAGAACGGUGAGUUUAGGGGCUGGUGCAAAGGAUGAAUUGCACAUUGUUGAAGCGGAGGCAAUGAAUUACGGAGGCAGUCCAAUUAAAGUAGCGCUGACAACUUUGACAAUGUCUGUACAGCCAAUGGGCUUUGAAAUAACACCACCAGUGCUCUUACGGUUGAAGUGUGGUUCAGGGCCAGUGCAUAUUAGUGGACAUCGCCUAGUAGCUGGGAAGGAAAAUGCAGAGUCAGAAGAUGAGGAGGAGGAGGAGGAUGUGAAACUCUUAAGUACAUCUGGAAAGCUUUCUGCCCCUGCCCCUUUCUGCCCACAGAAAAAAAUAAAACUUGCUACUGAUGAAGAUGAUGAUGAAGCUGAUGAUGAUGAAAAUGAUGAUUUUGAUGAGGAGGAAACAGAAGAAAAAACACCAGUGAAAAAAGGACAAAAAUCCUACAAAAAACAGGAAGAAACUCCUAAAACACCAAAGUAA